UACCCGGAAGAUAAAUAAACCAGAAUUUGCAGCAAAGCCAGCAAGAGCCUUUAAGCUGCCUCACGCCACCAUUGCCGACUGAAGAUGGCGGCGUCAGGAACCGCAGCCCCCCGUUGCCUUGUCCAGUAUGUUGUAGUCCGUUCGGAUCUGGUCCAUACGUUGUCCUGGCCAUUGGGAGCGGUUAUAUCGCAAGCCUGCCAUGCUGCCACCGCCGCAAUUCAUCUGAACUACAACGAUCCAGACACGCAGGAGUACUUGGCAGAAUUGGACAGCAUGCACAAAGUGGUGCUUCAGGCUCUGGACCAGGCCUCCCUGUCCAGCCUGUCUGAGACGCUGACAGAAAAGGGGGUGGCUCACAAGCUGUGGGUCGAACAGCCAGAGAACGUCCCCACCUGCCUGGCCCUGAAGCCAUACCCUAAAGACACUGUACACCCUCUGCUGCGCAAGUUUAAACUGUUCAAAUGACACAGACACACCCUGUACAUGCAUGUGGUGAAUGGAGUCUGGACCACGGCUCCACACCAGUUAAGAUGUUUUUUUUUUUGGGGGGGGGGGGGUUGACCUGUGCAUCUCGGUGAGGAACCAUCAUUCAGUGUCUGCUUCAGAUUCAGUGUCUGCUUCAGAUGGCCAUUUAAUGAGUGGAUGUCUGGCCAUGUAAUUUAAUGUGGCCACAUAUGUUGUGAUUCAAUGAAAGGGUGAAUUGGUGACAGGUUAUGUAAGGUCUUUCUCUAGCUGCUGAUGAGUGGAAUCUGUUUACAAACAUAGUAGAUGCAAUAAAACAAUUUAAUGAUUCUAA